AUAUUCAAUCUCAUCAUCCAAACCCUAGAGAGCAGCAAAGCGACAGAGUAAUGGCGUUCGCCUCCUUCGUCUCCCUCGCCUCACUCCUGGCCCUCCUGGCGCCGGCGGCUGGGCGCAUUCCCGGCGUCUACACUGGCGGUCAGUGGCAGAGCGCCCACGCCACCUUCUACGGCGGCAGUGACGCGUCCGGCACCAUGGGAGGGGCGUGUGGGUACGGGAAUCUGUACAGCCGGGGGUACGGGGUGCAGACGGCGGCGCUGAGCACGGCGCUGUUCAACGAGGGGCAGAGCUGCGGGUCGUGCUUCGAGAUCAAGUGCGCGGACGACCCGCGGUGGUGCCACGGCGGGAGCCCCUCCAUCUUCAUCACUGCUACCAACUUCUGCCCGCCCAACUACGCUCUCCCCUCCGACAACGGCGGGUGGUGCAACCCACCACGCCCCCACUUCGACCUCUCCAUGCCCAUGUUCCUCAAGAUCGCCGAGUACCGCGCUGGCAUCGUACCCGUCUCCUUCCGAAGGGUCCCUUGCAGGAAAUCCGGUGGGAUCCGCUUCACGAUCAACGGGUUCCAGUACUUCAACCUGGUGCUGAUCACCAACGUGGCGGGCGCCGGCGACCUCGUCCGCGCCAGCGUGAGAGGGUCCCGCACCGAGUGGAUGCCCAUGUCCCGCAACUGGGGCCAGAACUGGCAGUCCAACGCCGUCCUCGUCGGCCAGUCCCUCUCCUUCCGCGUCACCGGCAGCGACCGCCGCACCUCCACCUCCUGGAACAUCGUCCCCUCCACCUGGGAGUUCGGCCAGACCUUCGAGGGCAAGAACUUCCGCGUCUGACAUUGGAAUCCAAAGGCUUCGUUACUCUUUCUUUAGCAGCAGUUGCAGUAGUACUAGUGUUUGUGUGUUUUUCGCGCCGUGGAUUAGUACUGAGUGGCUUCGGUAGUCGUGAAAGUAAAAGGUAAUGGCGACGGCUGAGUGGUAGGAGUGUGCUUGUUGCGUCUGUGUCACUUUGACUGCAUCUUUUUUGGAGUCUUAUUUGACUGUGAGGUGGUGUGUGGGUUUACGGAGCAGUGGGAAUA